CAUUGUCUACCCAGUGCUGUGACACUCGCGACCUUUCCCCCCUCCCGGUCUACAAAGACCGCCUCGGCUUUCCUCCGCCUCCACUUCUUCCCUCCAAAGCACCCCUCACCCUUUCUCCUCUUUCCCUCCCAAGCAAAUCCUCGGCGCUCCCCUCGCAUCCUCCUUCUUCCUCUGCCGCUUGCCGUGUUUGGUUCGGGACCGAAAUGGCAUUCCACGACGAGGCGCCGCUGCUGCUCAGGAUCAACACCGCCAGAGGCGGCCACAUGGGCGGAGGCGAGUGCGACGAGGCCGAGAACCAGCGGUGGCCGCCGUGGCUCAAGCCGCUGCUGGCGACCAGCUUCUUCGGGCAAUGCAAGAUGCACGCGGACGCCCACAAGUGCGAGUGCAACAUGUACUGCCUCGACUGCGUCAACGGCGCGCUCUGCUCCCAGUGCCUCGCCUACCACCAUGGCCACCACGCCAUCCAGAUAAGGAGGUCCUCGUACCACGACGUGAUCCGCGUGUCGGAGAUCCAGAAGGUGCUGGACAUCACCGGCGUGCAGACCUACAUCAUCAACAGCGCGCGCGUCGUCUUCCUCAACGAGCGCCCGCAGCCCAGGCCCGGCAAGGGCGUCACCAACACCUGCGACGUCUGCGAGCGCAGCCUCCUCGACACCUUCCGCUUCUGCUCCCUCGGAUGCAAGAUCGUGGGCACCUCCGGCGAGUUCCGUGGCCGGAAGAGGCACGCCGGCGGCAAGAAGAUGAAGCUGAAGCUGAAGAAGGCGGCGGCGUCGGACUCAGACGACUCGUCCACCAUCACCAGCGGCGGGAGCGACAAGAGCAGCGUGGUACAGAGCUUCUCCCCGUCCACCCCGCCGGCCACCGCCAACAGCUACCGCUCCGCCAAGCGGCGCAAGGGCAUCCCGCACCGGUCGCCCUUCGGCAGCCUCAUCGUGGAGUUCUAGAGCAAGAGCAUCGCAUCGCCCGCCCCCGCCCACCUCCCUCGCCGGUACCCACUGUAGCAUACACAUCCAUCCAUACCUACCUACCUCUAGAGUUUUCCUGUUGCGUUCUGUUCUAUACACCAAGGAGAAGGAGAAGGAGUCUAAGCAAAAAAUAACGAGCCGCCAUUGCCGCACCUCUGCGCUUCUGGACGAGGAGGCCGGUGCAACGCAAUGCGGCAUCUUACUACUACUUCGUCAUAGUCACUACUACAAAAGCAGUUACUGUGCUGGUAACAGGAAGGAAGGGUUUGAGUGUUGUGUCUCCCCGGAACGGCGGGAGGUAGUAGCCGUAGUUUUUACUCUAUGGUGGUAGCUAGCAGUCUACUAAGUUUUGCAACUUUCUUUCCUUAUAGGCGCUGGUUGUUCUUAGGUGUGUUUGAUAUGGUAGAUGUACAUAUAUGUAUACUAUCACAGAUGGGGAAUGGUAGCGAGACUGGUGUUGAUAUUCGUCGUCCUGUAAUAACGCUCAGAAUGCUUGCUGCUCCUGACGGCCUUCUUCAAUGUCACCACGCUUGUUUGCUUGCUUGCUUGAA